CUGUAUACUCUUGUUCGGCAGGGAUUUGAUGGAGAGCCCAUGGCUAAAAAGGCAAUAAUUGUCACUCCUACCAGCCUUGUAAGUAAUUGGGAAUCUGAAAUUAAGAAAUGGGUCGGAGAUAGACUUCAACUUAUUGCUCUUUGUGAGAGCACCAGGGAUGAUGUUGUUUCUGGAUUAGACAGUUUCAUUAGACCGCACAGUCCAUAUCAGGUGCUAAUUGUUUCCUAUGAGACAUUCCGAAUGCAUUCGUCAAAAUUUGACAAAAGUGGAUCCUGUGACCGCACAGUCCAGACACUAACAAAUCGGGCAUUAGCUGGUCUUUCAUGCAACCGACGCAUAUUAUUGUCAGGGACCCAGAUGCAGAAUGAUCUGGAAGAGUUCUUUGCGAUGUCACCGAUCAUUUCUGGAAGAGAACCUACAUCAACAGAAGAAGAGAGAAAUCUUAGCGUUGAGCGAUCUGCUGAAUUAAGCACAAAAGUAAAUCAGUUUAUUUUGAGGAGGACCAAUGCUUUGCUAUCAAAUCAUCUACCACCAAAGAUAGUUGAAGUUGUCUGUUGCAAGUUGAGUCCUCUUCAGUCAGAGUUAUAUAACCAUUUUAUACAUUCCAAAAAUGUUAAGCGAGCAAUAUCUGAAGAGGUGAAACAAUCAAAAUUUUUGGCAUAUAUCACUGCUUUGAAAAAGCUUUGCAAUCAUCCUAAGCUUAUCUAUAAUACGAUCAAAAGUGGGUCAGGAACGUCGGGAUUUGAGGAUUGCAUUUGCUUUUUUCCUCCUGCAAUGUUUUUUGGAAGAUCUGGAGCAUGGACUGGUGGUGAUGGGGUUUGGGUUGAACUUUCUGGGAAGAUGCAUGUUUUAGCUCGGUUGCUGGCCCAAUUGCGUAGCAAAACUGAUGACCGUAUUGUUCUUGUUUCCAACUAUACUCAGCAAGAAAUCAGGUGGGCAGAAGUUAGCUUCUUAUGGGCCUCCUUAGAGAUGAUUCACUAAUUUUGGUUUACUCACCAUGGAAUCAUCCGCACCGGAG